AUGGCUUACUCUGAAUUUCUCCGGGGAUUAAGGCACAAUGGUUUUAAAUUUGACCUGGUUAGGAAAAAGAUUCGGACAUACGCAGGUGUUUUGCGGGAAGCCGAAGCUUAUAUUGAAGCAGCGGACUUUUGUUCGCUCACGAAAUCAGAAGCGCCGGCCAAGGGGGCUGAGAAAAAACCUUCUCAGCAAGACUCGGCCGACCAAAAGAAAGAAGGAAAAAAGAGAAAAGAAGUCUGGGUGGCUGAUGCCCAGCCACAGAAGUCCAAGAAGGUCAAGGCGUACGAGCCCCAGUUUGAAUUCAACAAGGAUUGUUAUUCUAUCUUGAUGGAAAUCAAGGAUAAGUUUGAAUUUGAGAAGCCACAGCCGCUAAGAGGCUCGGCUCAGUAUAGGAACAAGAACAAGUACUGUCAUUACCACAAGGACGUGGGACAUGACACAAACGAUUGUAUUAAUUUGAAGAGAUUGCUGGACAAGCUAGCCGAGAAGGGCAUGCUGAAUUCGUAUGUGAUGAAGUCCAAGUUCACUUACACACGGACGAACAACACGUCCGAGCAAAGACAGAAGAAUGAUAAGAAUAAGGAUAAAGAAGAUAAAGAAGAUGAUGGUAACAACACUGAUUCAGGCUUUGUGGCCGUGAUAUCAGGAGGAUUUGCCUCAGGCGGCCCCAUUAUGAAAGGUAUCAAGCAGGACGCUCGGAACUUGGGAAAGGUGAUGCAAAUGGACUCAGUAAAGGCCGAACCCUUCCCCGAAGUAAUCAUCAGUGAGGCCGAUCGGGGGGAGGUCAAAGCGUUACACAAUGAUCCAAUGGUAUUCAUUAUGAAGAUAGCCAAUUUGAAGGUCGGACGAAUAUUGAUUGACACGGGUAGCGCGGUUGAUAUCAUCAGCCUGGCUGCCUUGAAAAAUAUAAGCUUCCCAGAGGAUGCUCUCCAUUACAUCACUCACCAGUUGGUCGAAUUUGGGGGGAAUGUCAUCCACCUGGUGGGCCGGACAUAUUUACCCGUCCGAUUUGGGCAAAAAGGGGAAGGAAGAGAUAUGGUUGUCCGCUUCUUGUUUGUGAAAGAGCUGACUAGAUAUAAUGUCAUACUCGGCCGUCCUACACUGAAUGUAGCAAAAGCAGUCAUUGUGCCUCACCUAAUGCUGCUAAAGUUUGAGAGGACGGACGGGAAAAUAGGUACAAUCCAAGGAAGUCAAAAGAUGGCAAAGGAAUGUAAUCAGUUGGCGGUUAAGCCUAUAGCGCGCGGACCAAAAUCGUCCGAGCCAAAAGAAGAAGGAACCUCACUCCCAACUCACCAGGUCGGCCAGAAGCGUAAGGCGGCCAAGAUAGAGCAAGCAUAG